AUGGCUCGUGGUCAGAGCGAAGAGAUCGAGCGCAAUGCCUCGGUCGCGACCCGCUCAAAGUCCAUUGUGUCGCUGACGGCCUUCGAGGGCAUGGACGAGUAUGCCGCGCUGCAGAAGUACAUCCAGUUCUACCGCGACCCGCGCGCUGCCCAGCUCGAGCACAAGCCCGUCGAGGAGAAGAAGCCCUGGUGGAAGUUCUGGUCCUCGGGCAACAAGACGGCUGCCGCUCCCGAUGGCUCCGUUGUCCCCGAUGAGAUGCUCAACAGCGAUAUCCGCCAGGGUAUCACCAGCGCCGAGGUCGAGAACCGCCGCAAGCGCUUUGGUUACAACGAGCUUGCCACGGAGAAGACCAACCUCCUCAAGCAAUUCCUCAGCUACUUCCAAGGUCCCAUUCUCUACAUCAUGGAAAUCGCCGCCUUGCUCGCCGCCGGUCUCGGCGAUUGGGUCGAUUUCGGUGUCAUCUGCGGUAUUCUUCUUCUCAACGCUUUCGUCGGUUGGUACCAGGAAAAGCAGGCUGCCGACGUCGUCGCAUCUCUCCGUGGUGACAUCGCCAUGAAGGCCGUUGUCGUCCGUGACGGCGGCGAACAGACCAUCCUCGCCCGCGAAAUUGUCCCUGGUGAUAUCAUCAUCAUCGAGGAAGGCCAGACCGUCCCCGCUGAUGUCCGCCUCAUCUGCAACUACGACACUCCCGAGGACUUUGAGCGCUACCUCCAGAUGAAGGAGGAGGACCUCUUCGACGACACUUCUGACCCCGAGGAUGAGAAGGACGACGAGAACAUCGAUGAGGAGCGCCCCAUUUCCCAGGGACACUCUCUCGUUGCCACUGACCAGUCUGCCAUCACCGGAGAGUCUCUCGCCGUCGACAAGUACAUGGGCGAGGUUGCCUACUACACCACCGGCUGCAAGCGCGGCAAGGCUUACGGUAUCGCCCUCACCACGGCGAAGCACUCCUUUGUCGGUCGCACUGCCAGUCUUGUCCAGGGAGCCAAGGACCAGGGUCAUUUCAAGGCCAUCAUGAACUCUAUCGGUACUGCUCUUCUCGUCCUCGUCAUGUUCUUCAUCCUCGCUGCGUGGAUCGGUGGUUUCUUCCGUCACUUGGGUAUCGCUACCCCCCGCGGUGGAACCGAGAGCUCCGUCACCCUCCUCCACUACGCGUUGAUCCUGCUCAUCGUCGGUGUCCCCGUCGGUCUUCCCGUCGUCACGACCACCACGCUCGCCGUCGGUGCCGCAUACCUCGCCAAGGAGCGCGCUAUUGUCCAGAAGCUCACUGCCAUCGAAUCCCUCGCUGGUGUUGACGUUCUCUGCUCUGACAAGACCGGUACUCUCACUGCCAACCAGCUCUCCAUCCGCGAACCCUACGUCGCUGAGGGCCAGGAUGUCAACUGGAUGAUGGCCGUCGCUGCUCUUGCUUCUUCCCACAACCUCAAGUCGCUCGACCCCAUUGACAAGGUUACCCUGCUCACCAUCCGCCGUUACCCCAAGGCCCGCGAGAUCCUCAACCAGGGCUGGAAGACUGAGAAGUUCACUCCCUUCGACCCCGUCUCCAAGCGCAUCACCACGGUCUGCCACAUGGGCGGUGACAAGUACGUCUGCGCCAAGGGAGCUCCCAAGGCUAUUCUCAACCUUUCCAACUGCGACGAGGAGACCGCCAGGCUCUUCCGUGACAAGGCUGCCGAUUUCGCUAGGCGUGGAUUCCGUUCCCUCGGUGUCGCUUACCAGAAGAACGGCGGUGACUGGAUCCUCCUCGGUCUUCUCUCUAUGUUCGACCCUCCCCGUGAGGAUACCGCUCAGACCAUCGUCGAGGCCCAGCAGCUCGGUGUUCCCGUCAAGAUGUUGACUGGUGACGCUAUCGCUAUCGCCAAGGAAACCUGCAAGAUGCUUGCUCUCGGUACCAAGGUCUACAACUCUACCAAGCUCAUCCACGGCGGUCUCUCCGGUACCACUCAGCACGACCUCGUCGAGCGUGCCGACGGUUUCGCUGAAGUUUUCCCCGAGCACAAGUACCAGGUCGUCGAAAUGCUCCAGCAGCGUGGUCACUUGACUGCCAUGACUGGUGACGGUGUCAACGACGCUCCCUCGCUUAAGAAGGCCGACUGUGGUAUCGCUGUCGAAGGUUCCACUGAGGCUGCCCAGGCUGCCGCUGAUAUCGUUUUCCUCGCCCCCGGUCUGUCCACCAUCGUCUUGGCCAUCAAGAUCGCCCGUCAAAUUUUCCAGCGUAUGAAGGCGUACAUCCAGUACCGUAUUGCUCUCUGUCUUCAUCUCGAGCUUUACCUCGUCACCUCCAUGAUCAUCAUCAACGAGACCAUCCGUGCCGAGCUCAUCGUCUUCAUCGCCCUCUUCGCCGAUCUGGCCACCGUCGCCGUUGCCUACGAUAACGCUUACUCUGAGGCCCGCCCUGUCGAGUGGCAAUUGCCCAAGAUCUGGUUCAUCUCCGUCAUCCUCGGCAUAUUGCUCGCUCUCGGUACCUGGGUCAUCCGUGGUACCCUGUUCCUCCCCAACGGCGGUAUCAUCCAGAACUUCGGCUCCAUCCAGGAGAUUCUCUUCCUCGAGGUCGCCCUCACUGAGAACUGGCUCAUCUUCGUUACCCGUGGUGGCAAGACCUGGCCUUCGUUCCAGCUCGUCUUUGCCAUCUUCGGUGUCGACGUCAUGGCCACCAUCUUCUGUCUCUUCGGUUGGCUCUCGGGCGGUCUCUACCAGACCGACCCUCCCUCCACCUACAACUUCCGCGCUGACGGCUGGGUCGACGUUGUCACCGUUGUCGUUGUCUGGGCCUACUCGAUCGGUGUCACCAUUGUCAUCGCCAUGGUGUACUACCUCCUCAACCAGAUCACCUGGCUCAACGACCUUGGUCGCAAGGACCGCACUCGCAAGAACCCCGCCAUCGAGAACAUGCUUGCUGCCCUCAGCAAGCUGUCGCUCGAGCACGGAAAGGACAAGCAUGGUGUCGACCGGUACGUGCUUGCGGCACGUGCUGCUGAGGAGGAGGAUGACGAGUAG